CGAGGAGGCCAAUGAUCGAUUUUUUCCCACUUCACAAAGUUCCUCAAAACUUCAUUUCUUUUACAAGGGGUACGCCUGUUUAUUCACUCCAGACAGUUGGUAAAAUAGUGUUUCUGAAAACGGCGGUGUCUAAACUAAGAGUCUCUGUUAGCUUGAGCAAGUGGAGCCCCUUCCCUUCGCCUCGGGAAGGUCUGAGGGGCGGUGCUGGUCCACUUUAGGAUCACGAGCCCGGAGUUCUAGGCCCGGGGAAGUCGCCUCCAGAUUUGUGCUAUCUGCGGGAGCAGCCAGGGCAGUAGAACGAAAGCAUCUCCAGCCAGAGGGCGACCGGGAGCGAAGAAGCGGGGCGGAGCCACGAUCUAGAGGCUCAAUUUAGAUCUUCCACUGCCCCAAUCCUACGCGUCCUUUCGCACGGCCAAACCCAGCGGAGCAAGAGUCCAUAAACUGCUGCUGGUGGAGGGAGUUGGAAAACUGCAACCCCUCUGCGGAAUCUGCGAGGUUCUUCCGAAGCAGGAUGCUGCUGCUGCUGCCAGACGCUGCUGCGAAAAUGAGGGGCUCCCUGCUCCUUGCUCCCCACUUUCUGUGCCUUCUGACUGCGUCUUGGGCUGCUUCUGCAGCGGCCGGGCCCAGUUUUUUGGUAACUGCUCCUAGUGUCAUCAGGCCAGGAGUCAACAUGACGGUUGGGGUGGAACUGCUGGAGAAUAGCCCCUUACAAGUUUUGGUAAAGGCUGAAGUGCGUCGGAGCCAGCCAAAUAUCACUGUCCUGGAAGCAGAAGGAAUCUUUCAAAAAGGUUCAUUUGAGACUCUUGUUCUUCCAGCACUACCCUUGAAUAGCGUGAAUGAAUUGUAUGAAUUAUAUAUCACUGGACAUGCGCAGGGUCAGACUUUGUUUUCUGAUAAAACCCACUUGAUCUUUGAGACCAAGAGAUUAUCUGUCUUCAUUCAAACAGACAAGUUCCUUUACAAACCAAAUCAAGAGGUGAAAUUCCGUGUUGUCACUCUCUACUCUGACCUCAAGCCAUAUAAAUCUUCUGCAGACAUUCUAAUUAAGGACCCCAAGUUAAAUUUAAUCCAACAGUGGUCAGAUGAAGAAGGUAACCUUGGAGUUAUUUCUAAAACAUUUCAAUUAACUUCAAAUCCAAUACUUGGCUAUUGGUCUAUUCAAGCACGAGUGAAUGGUCAGACCUAUUACCAGUCAUUCCAAGUUUUAGAAUAUGUAUUACCCAAAUUUGAAGUUACUCUCCAGACACCUUUAUAUCAUUCUUUGAAUUAUAAAAGCUUGAAUGGCACUGUUACUGCAAAGUACACAUAUGGAAAACCAGUUAAAGGAGAUGUAACACUCAUAUUUAUACCUCUGUCAAUCUGGGGAAUAAAGAAAACUAUAACUAAACAUUUUGAGAUAAAUGGAUCUGCAAACUUCACUUUUAGUGAUCUAGAGAUGAAAAGUGUCAUGAAUCAUGCAGAGGAACUACCUUACCCCAAUGAUAAAUCUUCUCCAGGACCAGUGGAAAUUGUCGCUGUGGUGACAGAAUCACUUACAGGAAUUUCCCGAAAUGCAAGUUCAAAUGUAUUUUUCAAGGCAAAUGACUACACAAUUGAAUUUUUUGAUUAUGUUAAUGUCUUGAAGCCUUCUCUCAACUUCACGGUUACUGUGAAAAUAACCCGUUCUGAUGGUGUUCGGCUGACUCCUGAAGAAAUGAGAAAUAAUGUAAUGCUCACCAUAACACAGACAAAUUACACCAAUUUUUGGGACAGAUGGAACAACGAAGAUCAGGAAAGAGACACUGUCCAGGUCCUAAAUUACACAGUUCCAGAAGAUGGGACCUUUCGUCUUGAAUUUCCAAUCCUAGUUAAUACCAGUCAACUGCAAGUGAAGGCUUCUUUUCUUGAUGGUGUGAAUAGCUUAUCAAUUUAUGGCAUGUUUAAGUCUCCUAGUAUGACAUAUAUCCAAUUAAAAGCAGGAAGUGAAAAUGUAAAGGCUGGCUCACCUUUUGAAGUGAUUGUCACUAGCAACAAGCCAAUGAAGGAACUAAGUUAUAUGGUGAUAUCCCAAAGCCAGGUAGUUGCAGUAGGCAAAAAGAACUCCUCAAGUUUUUUUUUAACACCAGAAAAUUCCUGGGCUCCAAAAGCUUGUAUAAUUGUGUACUAUGUUGGAGAUGAUGGGGAAAUUAUAAAUGAUGUCCUGAAAGUUCCUGUCCAACUUGUCUUUAAGAAUAAGAUUACAUUAUCUUGGAAUAAAGUUAGUGCCGAACCAUCUGAGAGUGUUGCUCUUAAAGUUUCUGCAACUCAACCUAGAUCCUUAAUAGGACUUGUAGCUGUUGAUAAAAGUGUAAAACUGAUGAACGGUUCAAAUGAUUUUUCAGAAGAAAGUGUGAUCCAUGAACUGGAAUUAUACAACAGUGGUUAUUAUUUAGGCAUGUUCACAAAUUCCCAUGCAGUUUUUCAGGAAUGUGGUCUGUGGGUAUCAACGGAUGCAAAUCUUGUGCAUGAUUACGUGUACGAAAGUUUUAAUGGAGAGCUUUUUGAGAUGGAUAAUGCAGAGGAUCAAGUUAUGUUAACAAGUGGAACAAUUGACAUGGAUUCAGCUCUUGAAGGUGCAUUUGCAGGGAGUGCUAGUCCAUCUAUCAGAAAACAUUUUCCAGAGACCUGGCUUUGGAUGGACAUCAAUAUGGGUUCUCAGACUGACAGAGAAUUUGAAGUUAUUGUGCCGGAUUCCAUCACUUCCUGGGUGGCUACUGCCUUUGUGAUCUCUGAAGACUUAGGACUUGGAAUGACAACUGUUCCAGUGGAGCUACAAGCUUUUCAACCAUUUUUCAUUUUUUUGAAUCUUCCAUACUCAGUUAUUAGAGGAGAACAAUUUGUUUUGGAAGUAACCAUAUUCAAUUACUUGAAAGACGCCAGUGAGGUUAUAGUAACUAUUGAGACAAGUGACAAGUUUGAUAUUCUUAUGAUUUCAAAUGAAGUAAAUGCCACAGGACAUCAGCAGUCUUUACUAGUGCCAAGUGAGGAUGGGAGAACUGUGCUUUUCCCAAUUAAACCAAAGCAUUUAGGAGAGAUUCCAAUCACUGUGACAGCAGUUUCACCCAGUGCCUCUGACGCCAUCACUCAGAACAUUUUAGUAAAAGCUGAGGGAAUAGAGACAUCAUAUUCACAGUCUCUCCUUUUGGAUCUGACUGGCAACAAAUUAUCAACUACAAACCAUACUUUGAACUUCAACUUCCCUCCUGAUAGGGUGAUUGGUAGUGAAAAAAUUCAUAUCACUGCUGUUGGAGAUAUUCUUGGGCCUUCUAUCAAUGGUUUAGAGUCCUUGAUUCGGAUGCCUUAUGGCUGUGGUGAACAGAAUAUGAUCAACUUUGCUCCAAAUAUCUAUGUUUUGAAUUACCUGACUAACACAAGACAACUGACAAAUAAUGUGAAAGACAAAGCUAUCCGGUUUAUGAGACAAGGCUACCAAAGAGAACUUCUAUACCAAAGGGAUGAUGGUUCUUUUAGUGCUUUUGGAAAUAAUGAUCCUUUUGGGAGCACAUGGUUAUCAGCUUUUGUCCUAAGAUGUUUUCUUCAAGCUUCUCCUUACAUAGAUAUUGAUCAGGAUGUGAUACACAGAACAUAUUCCUGGCUUAAGAAACAUAGGAAACCUAAUGGUGAAUUCUGGGAACCAGGAAGAGUGAUCCAUAGUGACCUUCAAGGUGGCAAUAAUAGUCCAAUUACUCUUACAGCCUAUAUUCUGACAUCCCUCUUAGGCUAUCAGAAAUACCAGGCUUCUAUGGAUAUGAGAGCCUCUGUUAACUUUUUGGAGUCCCACUUCAGGGAAGGUGUUUCAGAUAACUAUACUCUAGCUCUCAUAAGUUAUGCAUUAUCAUCUGUGGACAGUUCUGAAGGGAAAGCAGCUCUGGAUAUGUUGAAUCAGAGAGCAGAACAUAAAGGAGGUAUGCAAUUCUGGGAGUCCUCAGUAUCCAAACUUUCUGAAUCUUGGCAGCCGAGUUCCUUGGACAUUGAGGUUGCAGCCUAUGCAUUAUUGUCACACUUCCUGCAAAAUCGGAUGGCAGAAGGAAUGCCCAUUAUGAAGUGGUUAAGCAAGCAGAGAAAUAGUCUGGGAGGUUAUUCCUCUACUCAGGAUACUAUUGUGGCCUUGCAUGCUUUAUCUACAUUUGCAGCUCUCACUACCACUGGAGAGACAGACAUGAGAGUAACUGUUACUGGCCCUAGUGUGACAACACCAACAGAGUUUCCAAUUAACACUAAAAACCGUUUUCUUCUCCAGACAGCAGAGCUUGCAGUCCAACAGCCAACUUCAGUUACUGUUUCAGCAAGUGGUUUUGGAUUUGCUUUUUGUCAGCUCAAUGUUGUAUACAAUGUGAAAAAUUCAGAAUCUUCCAGAAAGCGCAGAUCCAUUGAAAGCCAAGAAGCCUUUGACUUAGAUGUUGCUGUUAAAGAUAAUAAAGAGGAUAUCAAUCAUUUAACUGUGAAUGUUUGCACCAGGUUUCGGGGACCAUCCAAGAGUGGCAUGGCUCUGAUGGAAGUUAACUUACUGAGUGGCUUUGCAAUGCCUCCAGAUGCAAUUCUACUGAGUGACACAAUUAAGAAAGUAGAGAAUGAUCAUGGCCAAGUCAAUCUAUAUUUAGAUUCUGUAAAUGAAACACAGUUUUGUGUAGAUAUUCCUGCUGUGAGAAACUUCAAAGUAUCAAAUACCCAAGAUGCCUCUGUAUCUAUAGUGGAUUAUUAUGAACCAAGGAGACAGGCAGUCAGAAGUUACAAUUCCAAAGUGAUGCUGGAUGUGUCUUCUUGUGACCUGAGUGAUGGAGAACAAAAUUGGGAAUUUUGCAAAGACAGCUCCCCAAGAUUAUUUCAAAACUCUUUAAUAGUUUCUUUUUGGUGCUUCUUGUUUCUCUCCUCUUUGCAGAUUUGGCUGUGAUCUUUUAUUUUGUGAGGGGUACAUUGAAAUUUCCAUGGAUGGUUUGUACUCAUUGUUUGAUUCAUCUUCUGAUUCUGUUUAAAUAGUUAUUUCCAUGGGUUAAAAUGAACAAAUAUCAAUGUUAGUUUCAUUGAUAUUUUUCUCCUCUCCCCCAUCAGUUUUUAAGAGGAACUUAGAAGCUAAUUGAUUUGGAAAAUAAUCUUAUUGUGCCUUACUUCCCUGCACCUGUCCUUCUUUUCCCACCCAAAAUGGGCUAUAUCAAAGGUAAAACUUUCUUCAAUGUUAAGAAUAUUUUGUUAUGAGGGCUUCAUUUAUUCAUCAUAUUUGAUUAAUGAAACAGGUUCUUGCUGAAAACAGCUGAAUGUUAGUGUUUAGGACUGUUAUGAAAGGUGCUGCCUUUUCUCCAAGAAGAAAACUGCUUUUAUGAGUGGAGUUCCUUUGAAAACUGAGAAUGAAGAAAAAUGCAAGAAAGAACUUGUUUGGGCCCAUACUUAUUCUCAUGGCCUUAACAUACCCUUUCCAUCUUUCAUGAAUUUGGUUCUUUCCAGAACCUUAGGUUGUAAAAAAAAAAUUUGUUCUCUUCCUCCUAAUUUCUCUCAUUCUAAUAAUUUGCUUCUUUCUCACUUGUUCUCUCAGAUUCCAGAAUAACUCAGGUAUGAGGAUUUGAGGCUGUUCCAGUGGAAACCAGGUUUAGUGUACACUAUAAGGAACUAGACCUGAAAAUCAUAAUUUAAUUUUUAAGAUUUUUUGGCAGUGCUUGGGAGAUAAAACAGACCAAGAGUGUGUUGUUCUAAGUUUUAUAUAAAAAUUAUGGGAAUAAUUUUAGCACUACCUUGAUCUAUGUGUGCUUCUGGCCAGAAAUUUGGGGUUUGGUCUACAACUAAAAAAAACACAUAACACAUAACAAAGUAAGGAUAUACCUGCUACUAAAAUAUUAGAUCAUAUGGAGCAGCCUGGCAAUAUAGAUAGAUCAGGAAGACUUGAAGUUUAAAUCCUGCUUCUGACAUAUACCAGCUGUGACCAUGGGCAAAAAACACACACUUUCCCAGUGCCCUAUGUCAUUCAUUAAACUGUAGACAAGUUGCUGACCUGAAUCAUUGCAGGGAGUUCCCCAUGCCUAUUAAUAUAACAAGUCUGUAAGAAAAACUAUGUAUAAAGCUAAAGUCCUUUAGGUUAGUUCUUAUAUUGAUUAUGGAAGUUUUGAUUGAAAAGAAAUUAAAUAUUGUAUCUUAGGAAUCUGGAAAUUGUCUAAGUGCAGUUAUUAUUAAUGUUUGAAUACAUACAGAAUAUGUGUAGAGAAUAGUUUCUUAUAUAGUGCCAUUUUUAUACAGAAGAGAGAAGAAGGUAACCAUUGAAUUAGUUAUUCUAGUACUUUUUUUACAAGGAAGGGCUGAUAUCUACUAAUGAACUGGUACUCACCUAGAACAACUCUUGUCAACAAUGGAAAGGCACUUGACAUUCUGUAACAUAGCAAGUUAUAAUAACAACAAUACACAUUUAUUUAGCACUUUUAUAGUUUACAAAGUACUUUUCUCACAAGAACCCUGUGGAGGAAGUGAGAGCAAGUAGCAGUAAGCUCAUUUUAUAGUCACUUGGAAUUCUACACAAGAAUGAUAUAAGUGUAUAAAAGCAGUUAAGUGACUUUAUUGAUCCUGAAGAGAUAAGAGAAUUGUCUAAGGUCAUUAGUAAGUGAUAAAGCUAGGAGGUUAAUUCAGUCUCCUGAUUUUUCAUCCAUUGAUCCUUUGAGCAAGGCUUUCUUCUUUUUAGAUGAAAAUACCUUAGAAUAAAGCUGCUUCGGCAAAUAGCUCCUUAGAUUCAAUCCCAGAAUGAUCUUAUAAUUAAUUCCACUCUCUUGAAAAAACAUUUUGAGUUUUCAUUGUCAAAAGUUACUCAUUUUUAGUAUAUAUGGAAACUUGGAACUGGAAAAAGCAUGAGUAUAUUCUUGCCUUUCCUAUCAUGCUAUCAUGUGAGAUACUGAUAACUUUCCUAUACUUUGCUUUUUUCAUUUAUAAAAGUCAGUUGAUGAUAACUCUCAGUAGAGUCCAUUCUAUAUGAGUGGUAUCUCCCUUUUAAUUAAUCCUAAAUUUCAUCAGCUGCUGAAAGUGAGGUCUGAACAACUAAGGCAGGAUGAUACAGCUCAUCUUUAUGAAUGAACUUGAGUUCUACCAUUUAUUUUUUCAUAUUAUGCCUCUCUUAGGAUGAUUUCCUGCCUAAAAUGUGGGGUUGUUUUAAGAUUAGUGACCAUUAUGAAACCUCACAUAUAAUAGGGAUACAAUAGUGGUAUUAGUUAAUAGUAGAAACUAUUGAUAUUUCUGGAGGUGGAAGGGGAGAAGUUAUAUGCACACCACGAUUAAUGAAUAGUAAGGGGUAAAUCACCCAACUCUUUUAAACUAUAACAAUUAGGUUUCAGGUAUUUUAAAUUAAUUUUAACUUGCUUUUUCUUCUCUUUUAUUCUUCCCUUUGUGGACUGGGUAAGUCCCUAAGACUUCAAUAAAGGCCAUUCUUAUAUUUUGGACCCAUUAGUGGUCUACCAGAGGGCUAGCAUGGAUCAUCAAAGGAAUUUGAGAAACACGAAUUGGCAUAAAUUAGGAAUAAAUAAAAAGUUCCUUUACCUUUGGAUUUCUUUAUUUUAGCAGUUCAUUUUUCAUAAGUACAAUCAGGCAUCAUUUAAAAAAUUUCAUUUUAAACCUUUUUAAGGUAAGCACUAUCAAAUAAGUGUAGGACCUCAGAAACUGUGAUGUCUGAUCUUCUCAUAUAAUAGAGGAGGAAUCUGAGUUCAGAAAACUAAAAUGACUUGGUUAAAGUAUUCAAAUUUUGAACUGUAGUGGUCCUUUGACUCUGGAGCUAGCUCUUUUCACAAUAUCAAGCUGCUUCCUAAUGAUACCUUGAGAAAUAUCACACUUGUAUGGAAUUUUGAUAUGCAUCUGCUUUGGAAUUAAUAUUCCUUUUGGUAGCUUGCAAACUAUAUUUAACUCUUAUUCUUUAAGAAGGAAAAAAACCCAUACUUUCAAAAGACAAAAUCUGAGUCCAAAUGUAGGACAUAACAACAUAUUAGGUACUUUUACUAACAAUGACAAUAUAAUGUCAGCUUUCUUAGCUAAAUCAAGUUAAUUCUUUAUGUUUGUCUUAAAUCCAGAUGACUAAUUCUAUCCCUGCUAUAUUGAUAUGAUUUUGAAAAAAAAAUCAAGGUCUACUUCUUUUAAGGGGCAGCUAGGUGGCAUAGUGGAUAGAGCAUUGGACUUGGAAUCAGGAAAUCAUCUUCCUGAGUUUAAAUUCUAUCUCAGAUGCUUAUUAGUUGUCUGUUGCUGAUCAAGUUACUUAACUCUGCUCCAGUUCCUCAUCUGUAAAAUGAUCUGGAGUAGGAAAUGCCAAACCAUUCCAAUCUUUGCUAAGAAAACCCCAAAUUGAGUCAUGGAGGUCCUGAAGUGACUCAACAAUAUCCAACCACCAGCACUACUACCACAGUUCUUUUAAAAAAAUAUCCUAGGCUAAUAAUGUAAAAUCAUAAUGCUCAUAUACCCGGUGUUCUGAUACUAUCUUAUAAACCAGAACAUUUCUUGAAAACACAUUAGCUUUUUUCCUUUCCUAUUUUAUUGAUCCAUAACAGGGAUACUUUGAAAAAUGAAUUGUUUCCAUAUCAAAUUUAGCUUAGCAAUAAAUACUUAAUGGCUGCUAUUUGUAUCUAGAGCUCACAUUUCUAAAAUACUUUAAGGUUCACAAAUGCCUUAUCUCACAAUCUCCCUUUAAGGUGAGCAGUGUAAGAAUAUCAUAGAACUGUAAAUUUAAAGCUCAGACUUAACUCAAGUAUUAAUUAAGUACCCACUGUGGUUCCCAAACCCAGAACCUGUCUGUUAUAAAGGAGCUAAUUAAUACUAUAUUGGUACUGCUGUAAAUGAAUUUAGAUGGUCUAGACUCUUCAUUUUCUAGAUGGAGAAAUAGGGGAAAUUAGAAGAAAUGGCUUUUUAAAGAACACACAGCUAGUAAAAGUGUUUACCUCGUGAUUUGAACCCAGAUCUCCUGACUCUUAAGUCUAGAAUGAAAUCCAUUAUACUAUACUGCCUAUGCCAGUACUGAAUACAUAUAAUUUCAUUGUAUAGUGUCUUUAUGUAACAUUUAUAAUAAAUUAAUAUUUCAGUUGAACUUCAAAGUAUUUUCUCCUUUCAAUUUUGGCUUCUGCUUUGCAGACGGUCAGGGCUUGUCAAGUAUUUUCUUUGGAUUUAUUUUUAAAAUAACAAGAAAGCAUAACAUACUUUUAGCAACUUACCAAAGCACUCAUCCAUUCCAUAUCAACACAUGAUCAAUAUAACUAUAAUGCAAAUUAAAAUACCAUAUGUGUAUAAGAGAAUAGAGUGACUUGUUUUGUACUGGAAAUAAACUAGCUGAAUUGGUCACUUUAGGCUAUUAGAAAUGAGGAAAAAGACAUAUAUGUUCUAUCAACCACUCCAGAACAUUAGCUAGUGAAUUUGAUUUUGACUACUAUUUCCUUACUAACUGUAUUACAGUAACUUGUCACAUCAAAUGGAUACUCUAGUGUACCCUCUGUGAUGUUAUAUUGUGCCAUAAAAUAUCUAAAUAUGAAGGAAAGGAAUGUUUCCUAGGCUAUUUCUGACUUCCAUUUUAAAAGAGCAUUUUUGUGUUAGGUUACAAGGUGCAUUAAGUGUGCAUGAGUGUGUAAUUUAUACUUUUUAGGAAUGACAUUGAGGUAUGUGUUACUUUCUAUUUAAAAAUGAUCAUUUUGAUUGUGUGAAUGAGUUUGUCAUGAGGGUUAGAAUUACCAUCGUCCUGUAAGGCAUACUGAGUAAUUAUUCAAAGAGGGCAAUUUCAUAUAUUAUUGUUCCUUUAGAUUAUUUUUUGUAAUUUCCAUAGGCUGUAGCUCUUGUCUGACUUUUCAGAUUUUAGGUCUCUUGUAUUUGUCCUGUGUGCCUUUGAGGCAAAGAAAGAAAAUGAAAACUCUCUCUUGCUUGAGUUUCUUUUAGAAGCUUUCAAAGAUUUCAUUAAUGACUCCUCCCUACUUUACUUUGGAAAAUUGUUUUUCUUAUGCAAAGAGUACUUUUAAAAUAAGACUGACCUUUUUUUUUUUUCCCCAAGGACAAAGUUGUGAUUUAUUUAGUAAGGUCAUUCUAUUUGUUUUAAUUUUAAAUGUUUGCAUUUCAUACUAUUUCUUCUCCUCUUCAAACUAUGCAUUAUUAAUGUCCAAAAUAAAAUACUUUCCUGUAUUAUUCAUAGAAAACCAUGGUUUAUCAAUAAAAAGUUUAAAUCGUU